UGGCACCCGAAGGGUCCCACAUGGUACCGGUACCUGCACCUCAUUUUUUCUCAGUUUGACGCUGCCACCAAGAAGGAGAAGCCGUUACUCCGUCACUCUUGCUGCAUUAUCAUUUGAGCGAAAGAAGACGAGAGGAAGAACUGCUAGCUAGAGCUAGCUAUCAGCCAUUUGCUGAUCAAAGGGUCUCCCACCAGCAACAAUGUUGCGCCUGUCUAUUUCUAGUCUUGUGCUUGUCUCGCUUCUCUUGGUUGCAGUCGACGGUGUGAAGACUCCACCUCGUUUGAGGCGCGAAGGUGACCUUGUGGUUCUGGAUGACGAUCGUGAUGGUAUCCAGCACCAGAUUAUAAAGAAGGGGUUGAUUGAACGGUCCGACUGUAUUGCGUUUGCUGAUCUUGGCUCCGAUCAGAGAAAUAACGAAUAUACCCACCAAGAAUGCAAGUCAGAGGGUGGCUGCAACAAUGGUGGAUGCUGCCGCGUUCACACGUCCCUCUUUUGCGACGCUUCUGAUGGUUUGCGUCACCUCCCCUGUGUUUGCAACAACAACACUCGGGAAUCUGGACAGUACACAGGGUGGACCAUUACAGACAACAACAACAAUACUAAAAACACCAUGUCCUGGACACCACCACCCACACACAGUCAAACCCCCGAAGAGGUGAUUGAAGAACAACACCGAGAUCUGCAAGUUUUUGCCGUCCGAAAAAAGAGCAAAGAUAACAGCAAAAGCAAGGAUAAGCUAGGUGUCCCGGGUUUUGUCAGCAGUACGUUUGAAGCACCCGGUACUCCGCAGGGAUAUGAUACCAACGUGGGAGCCGUGGUGGUUGGUAUUACUAUCACGAGUCCUGGAGGUGCACCCAGACCCGUCCCGUUGCCGGCACCUGCCCCACCGGCAACCCCACUAGCUACCCCCGGUCAACCAGCCCCCGGUCAACCGGCCCCACAAACAACCCCAGCAGCCCCAGGACCGAUUCUCUCUGCCCAAGAAGCUCCCGGAAACACACCCGGUACGGCGGUUUCAUCCACCGUAAUUGCAGGCACUCCAGCUGCUGGUACCCCCGCCGCGGGUACCCCGGGUACCCCCGGUAACCGAUUCGGCGAAAACCAUUGUUCCGGUGGCAGUUGGUACUGGGGCACCGAUUACUUUCAGUCCUCUGGUUUUGUCUUUUGUAUCCAAACCGUAGGAGGUGCCGAAAAUGCUGGUUGCAACGAAAAAAUUGGUGAGUGCUGCUUGGGAGAAUUUUGCAUGUGUGGACAACCCAACGGAGGUGCUUCGGUCAAGUGCGUGCCACCCUUCGAUCCGAGUCUGGUGGUGUAGUGACUACCAGUACAUACUGUAUCCUUUAGAAUGAAUACUGCAGUGCAAAGAAAGACAAUGGCAAAGUAGUGUGUGUACCAAGGCGGGGGAAGAUACACACACUACGUCAUUGGAUCAGAGUUUGGGUGUGGGAAUCUGAAAUGCUUUGCGCUGCAGGACAGCUUUACGUAAGUGUCAGCUAUACGUUGCUGGCGAAACACAAGUGCAGGUACCAGAAGAAGGGAAACACCUGAAGCAAACAAUAGAUUAGGGAUAUAAUAGCCGUAACGGGAGAUUUGAGGCUACUAUCGACUACAUGACGAGCUUGUACGGUAGAAGUCUCUGGCGCAGCUACCUUGUGCGACUAUUGAACAACUAUAACUUGCUUAGCAGUGCUGGGGCCUUCCUACCGGAGGCUGCCAC